AUGACAUCCGACGACCCGAAGGUAGUGGCCUAUGAGGUCGAGUCCCUCCGAAAACUGGCAUUCUUCGGAAUUGCCAUCUCAACCGUGGCCACACUUACUGCUAUCAUCGCCGUUCCGAUGCUCUACAAUUAUAUGCAACACGUUCAGUCAUCACUUCAGACCGAAGUUGACUUCUGCCGACACCGCACCGAUGGUCUCUGGGAUGAGUACGGCCGAUUCGAGCACCUGAAAGGAGUGAACGGCCGCAUCAAGAGAGCAUCAGUCCAGCGCAGAAGCAACGGUGUCACUGGACGUGUUACGCAUCGUCGUGCCGUCGCCCAUGGAGCGUCCAACUACGAUGGUGGAUAUGGAGGGGCCAGCUACGGCGGAUUUGACUCAGCUGUUAGCGGUGGAGGAGCACAAACAUGCUGCUCAUGUGGUGUUGGAGCCGCUGGACCACCAGGUGCACCCGGACCCGAUGGAAACCCCGGACAGGAUGGAGCCCCUGGAAUGGAUGGAGCACCCGGAAAUGACGCUGCAGCUGAUGCAGUUCCAUCACCUGGUGACUUCUGCUUUGAUUGCCCACCUGCCCCAGCUGGACCACCUGGACGACCAGGACCUCCUGGACCACCCGGAAACCCCGGAGCACCAGGCCAGGACGGAAGUGCUGCUGUUCCCGGACCUCCAGGACCACCAGGACCAAUGGGACCACCUGGAAACGACGGACAACCUGGUGCCCCUGGACAACCCGGAGCUCCUGGACAGGUCACGGAAGUUCCCGGCAUUCCUGGACCCGCCGGACCACCCGGACCAAUGGGACCACCCGGACCACCUGGCCAGCCUGGAACCCCAGGCAGCGCAUUGCCUGGACCUCCAGGACCUCCAGGAGAUGCAGGAAUGGACGGUGCCCCCGGAAACCCAGGAGCACCAGGACAACCUGGCGCACCCGGACAAGCUGGAUCUGGAGGCAGUUGCGAUCAUUGCCCACCACCGCGUACCGCUCCCGGAUAUUAA